ACGUACAUACAUACACAGUAUACGUGCCGUAUUAAUUAUGUUGUGACAAUUCAACGCAAACGUUCACGUGUUGUUUCUCUAUUGCGCUACUCCCAUUUUUUACCUUGAGCUACCUGAUCAGAUAAUGGUUCAUCUCCAGAUGUGUAAUGGUGAAGGCCUCUCACAAUGUCGCAGCAACAGCUAGGCAGUUCUUGUGUGUUCCAGCACGGGGUUGAGGUGCUUCAUGGGAAUGGUCUGUCUGGGAAGGCCUUGUCGCUAGCUUGUGAUUCUUGUAACGUCCAGGAGUUGGAACCUGAAAUUCCAGCUGCGGGUACGUGUGCCACAAGUUCUUCGUCAACAGAGGACCAUCAUGUGGAUCUAUUCCAGUACGUACAGGCCCUCCUGGAGGAGGGCCUCUUUGAGAAGGCCCUGUCGCUGAGUUGCGAGUGCUAUCGUGACCCGGAACUCGGCAAAGACACCGUGUUCCUGGAGACGGCUCUCAUACUUUUCACAAAUAUGGAGAAGCUGGAUAUGAUGUGGACUGAGGUUAAGAAUCUGGAUUCUAUGCAGCAGCUGUACCCUGUGGCUAAGACGCUUAGUCAGUAUUACCUGUCGGCUGCCCUGCUUACUGCAGAGAUGUUGCUGUGCAAGGAAUGGUGUGAGAAGACUGUGUCUCUGAGUGACCUGCGGAAGGUCACGACCCUCUGGGUGUCCCUCCUGCGGGCCCAGUGCGGCCGCAACAACGAGGCCUUCCAGACCAAGGUGCUGCAAGUGGGCAAGCUGAUCGUCCACGAACCAACAUUCAUCUUGAACCUGGUCAAGUCCAUCCAUGCCGAGGUUGGAAGGCAGUCAUUGGUUAUCUGCCUGAAUCUGUGUUUGAUGGCCCUCCAGGAGCCUCUCAAGGACCCACAGAGCAACCUGGUCAGUGCCAGUCGCAUUGACACCAACAAUGCCGCCCUCUGCCGCUUUCUCUCAGAGGUCUUGACGGAAGACACGAGCCUGAGGCGGCUGUGCCUCCUGACAGCGUUCACGAUCACCCCCACCAAGGAACUGCUCGCUGAAGUGGACAGAGUGUACAAGUCUGUCGCUGUCCAGAUCCCAGAUGUGCCCAUCAUGCCGUCCUGUCUAAACUGCGUCUUGGUGCACGGCAUGUACAGCCUUCUCCCCGACGCCAUCUGUCCCUUGGUAGACUGGCGGGAGCUGCGUGGGAAGUGCCUGAAGUACCUGCGGGACAGCAGCGUGCUGAACGUGCAGGUCAAGCUGCCAAAUCGUGAGAUGGCCCUGAAGGUGUACGUGAAGAAAAUCUCUCCGAAUGUCAAUGAGGAAGAAGGCGAGCGGAUGGAACCGAUGAAAUCUGCUACAAAGACAAAGGCCAAGGAAGGUUCCUCGGAAGAACAAGACCAAGAUCUUCCCAGACUACGCACAGAAUCGGAACAGCGAUGGCUGUCCGCUAUGAUGUCGCUUGACAUGUCCUGGCAGCCCCACUGGCUGACCACCAGUGAUGCGGGUAACCAACAAGCAGAACCAGACCUGAAGGAAUCUCAGACGCAGAGUCAGAAAAGCCCCGAGCUUGGCAUCGCUUCUGAUGUGCCACCACCUGAUCAGGAAGAAGUACAUCCGUGUGCGGUGGUGCUGUGUAACUUCAAAGAUACCCUGUUGGGGCAUUUCCAUCUCUUAGAGGACAAAGCCAACAAUAACCAAUCCCACCAAUCAACUCAGGAGGAAAGCCCAGGCGCGUUGUUGACAGCGCUGCAAGAGGACCAUGCAUAUAGCCUCCCUCCUUCCAACCAGCACAAACAGACACCCAACGAGGAACUCUGUGUUAGCCAGGAAAUGAGCACCACUGAGGAACAAAAGAAAACCUUGAACGUGGUUGAGGAAUGGAAUGAUAAGGAUCAGUAUCAACAUAACAUGGUGACUCAGGGCCUUAAUGGCAUACAACUCACAACAGGCACGCCAGUUGAGGAAGGCUCAGAAAAUUCUGACAGGAGCAGACAUGAAGCAGUUCUUCAUGGCAACAACCAAGAACACAUCGACCCUACAAUCGAAAGGUGCCUGGAUAGUCUAGACACUGAAUUGUCCUAUUUGGAAGAGCAAAAUAACCUUGAAAAGUCUCCAGAGAGGGAAGAUAGGUUAACAGAUGAAGGAAGUAACCUUGAAGUACAUCAAAACUUCCUAGCAGACCUUAAAGAUGAUAUGAUCGACCCUGAGUUACCAGUACUAAAUCCGGCUAUAAACGGCUCCAUCAGCACAGAAGAGGAACCCCCCAGUGACUUGGCCGAAGACAUCAAUAGGUGGUUCCAGAACAUCAAACAGCCAUCAGAGGCAAGCAGUAUCGUGGGAUCUGAUGUGACACCUGAUCCCGUCACAGAAGAGGGUAUGCAGUGGUCGGCCAUCGAAGCGAUAUCCGGCGAUGGAAACCAAACCCUCUACGAAUCGGGCUGGAAUGAGCUGAGUUUGUGGUUCUCCGAGGACGAGGACGUGAAAAAGCCGGCGGCCCCCAAACUAGCAGUCUCCUCCUCCAUCACAGGAGCCAGUCUUCCCACCUUCAGGGACCCUGACAGUCUGGAAAUCAGAAAUCCCGAAGCAGACUCAGGAAGAGGGAUCUGCAGUUUAGAGAGCACAAUCAACAGACUCCGAGCAAACCUCUGUGUUGUUGAUAGUGGACCUUGUCAAGAUGAGUGGGAGGACUCGCCAGAAGUCACAAGCAGCAGCCCUCCGACAAGCAGUCUACAAACACCUCGUGGUAAGUCGAGCAAACAGCAGCACACACAACUGAAUGUAUUCAGCCAGCAGUCUUACCACCAGCAGUUGAUUGACGGACAGUCGCCAAAAGUUGACCAAACUCAAACCAGUGAACAGUCCACUGAGCGACCGGUGUUCAACCAACAGUCGUUUGUCGGAGCAGUAACCACACUGAGACCUUCCACCGAUAGCCCCAAGUCAACCGAUCCACAGCCCAUAGACAAUGCCACAUUAAACCAGUUGUCUUUCAACCGACAAAUUGCUGCUGACUGUUUACCUGUAGGAAACUCAACCAACCAACAGGACUCUAACCAACCUUCAGAUAAUCCUCUCCCAGUGAUGAAACAUGCAAUUGGUCAAGGAUCAUCAAACAAACCACCAGCAGGCAAACAGGAGCAUAAGGCCAAAGUAGGGACAACAGAGACAAGCAGUCACUUUGUGAACAUCAGGCACAACGACUUAAUUUGUGGAACGGAAACACUCAUGUUGGACACGACAUCCAGUGACAGUCUUCAGCAUCCUAGGUCAAAUACGGAAGCAGUGCUGCAUCCUCAUCACUCCAGGAAUGAUAAAGAAACAAACAGCAGUCCUCAAAAGUUUGAUGCAUCAGAACAGCAUAAUGAGGUCCAGCAAGACUUGUUCACAAACGAGAGCCCUUCAAGAAGCAGCAUUAUGACAAUAAGUCCGGACAUUAAAACGGAGAAAAGGGUUGAUCUAACUUGCGAAGAGAAACCAGCCCUUGAAUCUGAAAACGCAACCGAUUUCAAUCCCCAAUAUGAUGUGGCAACGUCAAUGUCUGCUGCUGAGAGCGACAGUAUGAACUCAUCUCUUGUUCACAAGACGACAAGAACAGAGUCUGAUUUUAAGGAAACUCCAUUUCAAAAUGAGUCCAGGACUCGAUUGCUGGAUUCGUUGUUGUCUUUUGCUGUUCAAGAGUACAGACAGAUUACUGGGUCGUCUGCAGAUAGAGAGACUGCGCGAAACACAGACACAGUGGAAUCUACAUCAGAGAGAAGUUUGGCUAAAGAAGACCACAAGUUGCCUCUGCAGCUAAGCAGCCAAACAUCCAGAGACGGUGAUGCUGCGAGUGUCUCAGAGAACCCAGAUGUCACAACCCAGGUGAUACACUCAACGAUUCUACAUGCUCCUGCAGACUUGCUGUCAGGGGUGGAGCUGUCACCGGAACACAAACCUGAUGGAUUGAUUACAUUUCAGAAUGGGCAGUUGGCCAUUUCAAACACGGAACGGUACGCGACUGAAGCUGCGGGAUGGAGGAAUGCCGGUCAUUAUGGUAUCCCGGACAGCAGUAAUGAUGUGAAACUGCUGGCUCAAAGAAAAUUAGACAAUAGCAAUCAUCAACUUCUAGAAUCGGAGUCCUAUUUCAGUAACGAUAGGAUCAAGGAAUUCCAAUCUGACUCGGACUGCAGUGACUUUGAGGUGGUCCAGGAUGUGAGUUCCAGGUGGUCUGUCAGCGGAAAGAGGAAAACAUCGGAGCCGUAUUCCUGGCCACACAAGAAAGUAAGUGGCCAACAUCAAGAGGUUAGAAAAUGUAAGGAGAGGAGCGAAACUCAAAUAGAUGAAUCGAGGGAGAUCAGAGAGACUCAAAUAGAUGAAUCUAGGGAGAUGAGAGAGACUCCGAACACACAGAUGUCCGAGAAUAAAUCUGACCCUGCCAAGAGGAAAGCAACUGUGAGCUGCUCUACUUCGCCCCUAAAAGAGGACAAACAAAAUCUGCAGGAAGCAGGAAGAUCAAGUGUUACAGAUGAGACGCAAGCCCCGAAACUGGCAGCAAAGGUGAAGAGGAAAGACAGCACAACGUCUGCAAAGAAUAAGUCUGAUUCAACAGGGAAGGUGAAGGAAACAACCUCACCUCCCUCGCAUGGAUACAAUCUCAGAGAUACCGACCGCCCUCUCAACUAUUUUGUCGCUGGCUCCAGCAGUGAGACGUCGGGGGAGGAGAGAGGGACCAAGAUGGGCUACAGUUUGAGGAGUGCGGCAGCCCACAGUAGUAAUGCAAAAUCGUCAACCAGCAGAACACCAAAGAAGCCACCUCGUGCUUUCAAAUCAGUGCAGACCAGACCGCGAUCGCAACCACACAGUAAUCGCAGCUGCCGCAGUGCUCCGGGGAAGAAAGCUGGAAGUCUCGCAAAGCCGGGAUCCAAGCGCAGGUCGCUAAACCCUUGUGGCAAGUGCAUCGCUGAUCUCAACAACAACUGCAGCAGCGGCAGUACGGGUACUGUCAUCAGCCAUCAUACCAACAGUAGCACUCCUGCAAGCAAGAAGUCUCCCUCAGCAAUUCACCCGAAGGUGGCGUCCCCUAAGCAAACCCCUGGUGUCCGCGGCAGAUAUACAGCGAUCAAGAAUCCCCAGCUACCGUGGGAAGCCAAACCACCGAUACGUACCUACUCCUCCAAAAGGAAACGUUCCUCCACAUUAUGAAGCUGGGUAGGUUGUUUAGUGAUAGUUCCCCAGGCUCUGCAGAGGCAAAUAACAUCUUUGUCAACUCUUUGUGUUUUUUAAGCAAUACAACAUUUUUUAGCAAUACAGAAUGGAACAAAAAGUGGAAGACUCUGUUUUGGAAAGAUUUUAUUUGGCUUUCCAUGUAUAAAUAUCAGCUGGGAAUAUUCCAGAUGUACCCAUCUUGUGUAAAUUGCGAUGCUAAACUGAAAUAGAUCUACAUGUAUUGGAGCUAAAAGAAAAAUCCACCAGAAAUGCAAUUUUAUAAUAGCAACUAUAACAAUUACUUCUUGAAAUAUGUUUAACUUUAAGAGCAGUUUAUUACAUUUUUUUUUAGAUCAACUCCAUUUUGUCUCAUGUAGUGUAGGAUGGGAUUUGAAACUUUCUAGAACUUGCAAAUAAUUAAACAAAAAAAUGGAUUACAAAAAUACUUUUUUUUGUUACUGAAACAUUAUCUUCAAAUCCCUGUCCACAUAAAAGCAUUUCAAAAAUCAGUUACGUCAGUGAGAAUUGAUGAUCAAUGUUCUGUUUUCAUGUGGAGACACAUACAAAUUUAGUGCCUUUUGUAUUCUAAUAAUGGAUGAAGAUUUUGUGGCGGAGUACUUUGUGACUUAAAACGUCCGGUUCAAGCAUAAUGCAAAGCAAAAAUUAUAGGCUCAUUUCGGACAAAUUAGUUGUUCUACUUAUGUGAAUUUGCAAAGCGAAUUCUCACCAUGAUGUCACAAAUGUACAAUCACAUGUCCUUUUGUGCCAAGUAUGAGCCGGAUUUUAGGGGCG